UUUAGACUACACUGCCAUUUCUGUUUCUAUUUUUCUUUUUUUGAUCAUCAAUUUUCGUUUCCUGAAUUCAAUUGGAUCGCAGAAUUUUGAAAAUUGGGAGUUAAGUAAGUUUUUGGAAACAGGAUUUCGGUAAGUGUAAGAGCUUUGGUGAGAAACAAAGGAUUGGGAGUAGGAGGACACGCCGUCCCCCAAACUCAGCGAGGAGGCCUCUUUCAUCUCCCUCUACAGCUUCGCAGAUCCAUGUCUCGUGUUAGUGCUAAACAUGACGAAGAGGCGUCUGCAAGAGCAGCUGCAGCCACUGCCGACACUGGAGCUCCCACCAUAUUUGACAAGAUUAUUGCGAAAGAGAUCCCUUCCAGUAUAGUUUAUGAGGAUGAAAAGGUCUUGGCAUUUCGGGAUAUCAACCCACAAGCUCCUGUUCAUGUUUUAGUCAUUCCUAAACUUAGGGAUGGAUUAACAGAUCUUGGCAAGGCUGAAGAACGGCAUCGAGACAUUUUGGGAGAACUUCUGUAUGCUGCAAAAAUAGUUGCAGAGAAAGAAGGGAUUCUUGAUGGAUUCCGUGUUGUCAUCAACAGUGGUCCAACCGCAUGUAAGUUGGCAGCGAUCCCCUUUUUUUUAAUUUCUCUAUUUUCUCUCGUCUCUUUUUGCCAAAACCCUAAUAAUUUGCAACCUAAUCACUCAUGAGAUUCAAUAUUUAGUUUGGCUUUCUCAGAAAAGCAAACGAAGUGUAAAUGUUACCUCAAUUGCAAAACCAUGUUGACUCUCUCUCUCUCUCAGGUCAAUCUGUUUACCAUCUUCACUUGCAUGUUCUUGGUGGGAGACAGAUGAAAUGGCCGCCUGGUUAGAUCAGAAUCAGAUGCCUGUGGAUGCUUAGCACUAUUGAAACUAUAUUAUCUAUUUUUGCGUCUUCCUUUCAAAGACAAAAUAAAAGACAAGUACCGGGUUAGCAUUUUGUAUUUCCGAUCUUGCAUGGACAACUACUAAACUCUCUGGCAUUAUGCUUACUAUCCAGUUUACCUUAUACA